AUGCAGUACAAUUUCAAACGAAUAACGGUCGUGCCGACAGCCUCAGAGCUUAAGGAUGUCGUCCUAAGUAAAACACAGCGUAAGACUCCAACGGUCAUCCAUAGACAGUUUGCAAUUGGGCGAAUACGUGCUUUCUAUGCUCGAAAAAUCAAGUUUCUUCAGCAAACUCUUCAUGAUAAAUUAACGCAAAUUAUAAAUGAGUUCCCGAAAUUGGAGGAAGUGCAUCCGUUCUACUCUGAUCUUAUGAAUAUUCUGUAUGAUAAAGAUCAUUACAAAAUUGCACUUGGUCAAAUGAAUACGGCUAGGCACUUAGUAGAUGGAAUUGCUCGUGAGUAUGUUCGCUUGAUGAAAUAUGGCGAUUCGCUUUAUCGGUGUAAAAUGCUGAAAAGGGCAGCAUUAGGCAGAAUGGUAAAGUUGUUAAAACGACAAAAAUCCAGCUUUGAGUACCUUGAACAGGUUCGACAACACCUUUCUCGUCUACCCAGCAUUGACCCGGUCACAAGGACUCUCAUUCUCUGUGGUUUUCCAAAUGUUGGAAAGUCGUCUUUUAUUAACAGCGUCACACGAGCAGAUGUGGAGGUGCAGCCAUAUGCAUUCACAACAAAGGCUUUGUACGUUGGACAUUUAGAUUACAAGUUUUUGCGCUGGCAGGUUAUUGAUACUCCUGGCAUAUUAGACCAUCCACUUGAGGAGAGAAACACAAUUGAGAUGCAGGCUAUCACCGCGUUGGCGCACCUUAAGGCCGCUGUAAUUUUCAUAAUGGAUGUGUCUGAGCAGUGUGAUAAGACCAUUUUAGAACAGGUAAACCUUUUUGAGUCGAUCCGUCCACUGUUUGCGAACAAACCGGUGUUAAUAGGCUUGAAUAAGGUCGACAUAAAACGACGCUCGGAAAUGUCAUCAGAGGAAGCUGUGCUUUUGGAGAAAUUGGAAGCUGAAGGAGUACCAAUUAUAGAGACUUCGACGAUUACUAAGGAAGGAGUUAUAGGUCUUCGAGACAAGGCUUGCGAUGAGUUGUUGGCUCAACGUGUGGAGUCCAAAUUACAGUCUAAAAAGGCUUCAGCUGAAGAUGCUAUUCUCAACCGCAUAUUUGUUGCCUACCCAACUCCAAGAGAUGAAAAAGUGAACAGUUGUUCUUCAAAAAUAGUUUUUCUUCUCAAGUGCGUGCGCCAUAUAUUCCUCUCGCUGUACAACAACGUAGACAGCGUGUGCAAAUGCAAGAAAAAUCGAUUGAGAGGGACAGGAGUAAGUUCAUGGGUUGGAAUAGGUACUAUCCCUUUUUUGCCAAUAGUCUCUUUAGAUAUUCAAAAAUUGGAGCGUGAACUAGAGCUUGAAUUGGAAGACGAUUACAUUUUGGACUUGAAGAAACGUUAUCUCCUAAAGAAUCCAGGGGAAAAGUACGACGUAAUACCAGAAAUUUGGGAAGGCCAUAAUUUGGCCGACUUUGUCGAUCCAGAUAUUCAGAAAAAACUGGCAGAUCUACUCGCUGAUGAAGAACUUAGAGAGAAAGCGGGCGAAUACGAUUCAGACCUAGAUAGCGAUGAUGAGGAAACGAAAGAGAAACUUGAACUUGCUAAACAAAUUCGUGAAAAGGAAAAACUGAUUACUUUGGAAAAUCAGAUGAACAAAGCGAAAGCGGGGAGACACGUGUCUCGGUUGAAUGUACGUAAGCGCGAAAGAUCGAUGAGUUCUUUGGAGGAACGAAUGGGAGAGCUCGGUGUUGAAAUCCAACCAAAGCGCAUGAAAAAUCUUCAAGCACAAGCUCAGAAACCACAGCAUGGCAAAAAAGUGAGAGUUGGUCGCUCACCCAGUUUAAGUGCAUCACGGCCACCGCCAAGAGAUGAGCUGGGAAUUCCCGAUAAAGCUAAACGCGCAAAAGCAGCAAAGUUGCGUGCCAAUGCAAUGAAAUACCUUAAACGUGAAGCCAGAAAAGGAGAGGCGGAUCGUCAUGUUUACGACUUGAAGCCGAAACAUUUGUUUAGUGGAAAACGUAAAAUAGCUGAACAGUCUAAGCGGUGUUUUAUUGCAAAUAUUCUUAAGAAACGUCCGUGGCGCAAUAAAGUACAUAAGAAGGCUCGUAUGGAAGCAAAAAAGAUGGAACGAGAAAGAAGAGAAGACUUACAAUAUAUGGAUCAGGGAACCUCUCAAAUUCCUUAUGAGUCAUCCAGAGGGAAGGAUAGGAAAAAGAAGAGGAGGAAGAAGAAUCGAAAAGCAAACCAUGUGGGAAAUGAGAUGGACUCCGUAGCAAAACUGUCGUUGGUGGAGGAUCCACUACAGGCAGGAUUAAAAAAAUUGGCAGCUGGUCGUUUCAGGUUCUUGAGUGAACAACUGUAUACAUCAACAGGAGCCGAGGCAUACAGUUUUUUCCAGAAGGAUCCGGAGGCAUUCUUCUGCUACCACAAUGGAUUUGCCCAACAGGUCCAAAAGUGGCCAAAUCAUCCGCUUGAAACAAUUAUAAAGUGGUUAAAGAAGAAGCCAAGUGGUUCCGUGGUGCUUGACAUGGGAUGCGGAGAUGCAAAGAUUGCAGCCAGUGUUGGUGAUGUACAUAAGCGCUCUUCAGCUUUCUGUCAGGUCCAUUCUUAUGAUCUUGUGGCUAUGAAUCCUUUGGUCGUUGCAUGUGACAUGGCUCACCUGCCAGUGGAAGCUUCAUUCGCUGAUAUUGUUGUCUUCUGUCUUUCACUUAUGGGAUCAAACCUUAUAGAUUAUAUAAAAGAAGGUCGACGAGUCCUUAAGUAUGGCGGAAUCCUGAAAAUUGCUGAAGUCGCAAGUCGGUUCUUGAAUGUUAGAUUGUUUUGCAAUGCAUUGUCUAAGAUGGGUUUUGAGCAAACUGAAAAGGUGUGGUAUCCUUCCUUAUGUUUUCACCGUUCUUUUUUCACAUGCAAUAGAAAUCUCCGUUUGUUCCAGAAGAUGAUCACCAAUUAUUUCGUUAUACUGGAAUUCAGAAAAAUCGAGAGGGUAGAGAAUAAGAGACCACUUGGCUUAAAACUAAAGCCUUGUUUAUACAAAAGACGCUAG